UCGAUAGCAGAGCCAGUGUCGCUAUACCGCGCAUCACUUCGCACAUCAUCCUCUAAAUGUUUUCGUUUUGCGACAAUAUGUGCCGUUCAAAAAUGUGCUUUUCCGAUAUGAAAAUCGUUUAAAAUGUGCACCAAAAUCUCUACGUUGCUGUGAAAUUGUUUUUGGUUUUAUUUUUGUCUCAAUCUAAUAGGUUUCUAAAAUUACGUUAGGGGGUGGUGCCGUGAUGCCAGUGCGUAAGCAAGAGGCCCACCGAGCAUUAGAACUGCUGGAAGAUUACCACAGCAAGUUGGUGAAGCCCCAGGAUCGGCAGUUGCGACUGGCAAUAGAGAGGGUCAUCAGGAUAUUCAAAUCCAGACUGUUCCAAGCUCUUCUUGAUAUCCAAGAGUUCUAUGAGCUCACCCUCCUCGAUGACAACAAGUCGAUCCAGCAGAAGACCGCGGAGACCAUCCGCAUCGCGAACAAAUGGGAGGCAGAUGGCCCGAGACGAGAGAUCGGUUUCCAGAUCCCCAUGGAGGAAACCGACUACAGAUCCGUGUCGAACGCUUUCCUUCAAGAUAACAACAGGAAGCCGGAUUCACGAAAUGAAACCCCAGACUCGGCAAAGGUGCCAGCCGUGCCUAUUGUUAUACCACCACCAAGUGGAAAUGCCGAAGAAAAGAAGGCACACGUUGCAUCACCUGAAAUGAAGCAGUUGCAGGUAAACGGAAUCGAAGGUGGCAAUGCGGAGCGAACUCAGGGGGAAGAUGGGUACACUUAUAUGACCGUGGUGCUGUCCCGCGCGGGAGGCGCAGGCCUGGGCUUCAGCAUCGCGGGGGGCUCCGACAACCCCCACGUGCCUGACGACCCCCACAUCUACGUCACUAAACUCAUACCAGGGGGCGCGGCGGCCGCCAGCCAGCUACAAAUUAACGAUGCCAUAUUACAGGUUAAUGACACGACUGUAGAAAACGUCACGCACGCUGAAGCAGUAGACGCGUUAAAGAAGGCAGGAAAUACAGUUAGACUGAAAGUAAGACGCCGAGGCACAGAAGACACCCUCAACGUGACGCAGCCAACAAGCAAAGAAGAAGCGGUCGAGAUCGAGCUGGUGAAAGGCGGGUCCGGUCUUGGCUUCAGCAUAGCGGGCGGGCUCGGCAACCAACACAUUCCCGGAGACAACGGGAUUUACGUCACGAAGAUAAUGGCGGGCGGCGCCGCGCAUAGGGACGGCCGUUUGCGGGUCGGCGAUAAACUGCUUAUGGUUAAGAACACUUCGCGCGGCGACGUGAACCUAGACAACGUGACGCACGAAGACGCCGUCGCCGCCCUGAAGGCGACCGGCGAGCGCGUGCAACUCGUGCUCGUGCCCGGCCCGCGGCACGGCCAGCCCUCGCCGCGCACCUCCCGGGCCAACACGCCAUCAAGCACAGCCAACUCCCUCCGCCGAGAGGACGUGACCGACAACGGCGAAGAGCCCCGAGUGGUUGACAUAGAAAAAGGACCUCAAGGUCUUGGCUUCAACAUCGUGGGAGGAGAAGAUGGCCACGGCAUCUACGUGUCAUUCUUACUGGCAGGAGGGCCCGCGGAGCGCUCGGGAGAACUUAGGCGAGGGGACCGACUGCUCGCUGUAAAUGAUACUGAUAUCACGCACGCCACUCACGAACAAGCUGCUAAGGCAUUGAAGAGCACGGGUCAGAAUGUGAAAUUGACGGUUGUCUACAGGCCCCAGGAAUACAACAAAUUCGAGGCUCGCAUCAAUGAGUUGAAACAAAGUCACACACUCCUAAGAACAUCGCAAAAACGAUCUUUGUACGUGAGAGCACUGUUCGACUACGACCCAGUCAAAGACGAUGGCCUACCCUCAAGAGGACUUCCAUUCCGCUAUGGCGACAUCUUACACGUCACCAACGCUUCUGACGACGAGUGGUGGCAAGCUAGACGUCUCGACAAAACAGAGGCGGACGCGAUCGGAAUUAUUCCUUCAAAACGCCGCUGGGAGCGAAAACAACGAGCGCGCGACCGCCAAGUCAAGUUCCAAGGGCAAGGCACUCCGGUUAGCACUGUAAGUUCAAGCCAGUCAACGUUAGAAAGGAAAAAGAAGACGCUAUCCUUCAGCAGAAAGUUCCCCUUCAUGAAGAGCCGGGAGGACGGCAAAUCCGAAGACGGUUCAGAUCAAGAACCUUUCAUGCUUUGCUACACGCAAGAGGAUGCAAACGCGGACGGGGAAAUCUUGUAUCGAGUGGAACUUCCCAUGAUGGAGGAGAUAACGCUCAUUUAUCUCGAGGACGAGAGCCAAGACGAGACUGUGUUGUCGUAUGAGACGGUCCAGCAGUUGACGAUCAGUUACACGCGGCCCGUGAUCAUUCUGGGCCCGCUCAAGGACAGGAUAAACGAUGACUUGAUAUCCGAGUUCCCUGACAAGUUUGGCAGCUGCGUACCACACACGACGCGGCCGCGACGCGACUACGAAGUAGACGGGCGCGAUUACCACUUCGUCGCGAGCCGGGAGCAGAUGGAGCGCGACAUACAGAACCAUCUGUUCAUCGAGGCCGGCCAGUACAACGACAACCUGUACGGGACGUCAGUGGCCUCAGUCCGGGAAGUCGCUGAGAAGGGCAAGCAUUGCAUUUUGGACGUUAGCGGGAACGCCAUCAAAAGACUGCAGGUGGCGCAACUGUAUCCCAUUGCCAUAUUUAUAAAACCAAAGAGCGUAGAGUCAAUAAUGGAAAUGAAUAAGCGAAUGACCGAAGAACAAGCGAAGAAAACUUACGAACGCGCCCUAAAAAUGGAGCAGGAAUUUGCUGAAUAUUUCACUGCGGUGGUGACGGGCGACACGCCUGAGGAGAUCUACGCGAAGGUGAAGACGGUGAUAACGGCGGAAAGCGGGCCCUCGGUGUGGGUGCCGCGCCGCGAGCCGCUGUGAGCCCGUGCCAUACCGCGACUGAACUACCUAUAUAGUGCCUCCAGUUCACGCGUCCCUGGGCCCACUCCGUGAAACGGUACCCGUAUGUGACAACACUACCCAGGGACAUACAAUUUUUUUAGAACCCUCGCUCUUAGACAAGAAAUUUUGUAGAUUAGGGGCAUACUCCGUCCCUGGGUAAGCAAAUCACUGCCUUAGACAGCGAGAGGCAAAGUACGGAUGUCGAGUCACGGAGUAGACCCGAUUUGUUACCACUGCACACGCGAGUAGGGCGGAAGACUCGUGAUCCCUGCGUCCUAUAGGAGCAAUAUCGCUGAUUAGUAACGCGUGUACUUAGGAUUGCGCUAGCCAGUCAUUUUUAUGUCAUAAAAUUUAUAGUCACAAAUCUCUAAUGUUUAAAACUAUUCGGGUGUAUUAUUGCUGACAUCGUCUUUUUUACUCUAAUAAGGUUAAUGAAGGUUUAAAGUUCACAAAACUUCGCCUUAAAUUAGACCUGAUAUUAACUGCGCUCGUCAUCUCUUUCUAACACUUUAUUAGAACAGAGAUAGCAUCCAUUUGGCCACGCCUACACGGAGGGUGGUGGACUGGCGCGACCUUUAGAUGUUACGUGUUCAGCUUGGAAGUACCCAGUCGUCUUCCGUCCUGCCCGCCGAUAGUGACCCGGUAGCGCGCGUAAGUCGGUCACAAGUAGACUAGGCGACAUAAGCAAUAUCGUUGGUAGCGAGCGGUGCGCGCCCGCUCGUUAGAUAGUCAUGUGAUGUUAAGGAGUCGACUUAUUUAUUAAAUCAGAUUUUACUAAAUAAACGCUUGAUAGACACCCUAUCCGAGUUUGUUUAGCUUAAGAGAUUAUUUGAACCUCUAAACUUAAUGUAAAUUUUCACAUGUGAAAUUGUUGACCAGAAAGAUAUUAUUACGCAUUCACUGUAGAUGCUUUACGUUUAAUGUGCAAAUAUUAUCUAGUGGCGGCCGUAUGCGAUGUACCUAUUAUUUUAAUUAUUUGUCACGAUCCACUAUUGUGCUUCAAUUAACUAUGUAAAUUUAUUGUAUAUUGAAUAAAUUUAAAAAAUGAUAUAAUUCAUGUUAAUUUACUCAGGUUGCUAGAUACAUUUUGAAUCUUCGUCAGCAUUAAGAGUUUAAUAUUAUAUACGAAUAGUGAAGUUAUCGUAUGUGACGAAUCACGGUGCACCGGUGAUGUAUUUGCUAAUAUACCUACCUACUAGUUGUAUAUUGUAUGACGCUGCGUAGCCGGACCCACCUGACGCAUUGCUAGGCUAAGACACAGUGGACAGCACAUCAACCUGUAAUAUAAUAUCGAAUUUCCUCAAUCAGGUUUGACCCUUAUAAUUAAGACAUAGAGUUCCAAAUUGAUUAAGGAAAUUCGUCAUUUUGUUUUAGGUUGACGUGCUUUCGACCGUACAUAUUCAGGAUUAUUUGCUCAAGCGGCAAUCUAUAUCGUAACCAUUGAAUCUCAUGACAUGUUCUGCACACCGAUAUCCCCUUGACACGUUAGAUGAGGUGCAAAGUUGUUUGUUGAUCAUUUUUAUAGUAAGCAAUUGUGUUAUAUGGUGUGAAAUGUCUCACCAAUUUAAUAGUGUUUGACAUUUAUUUAUUGAGAAUUUUAUUUUCUUACGGAAUAAUGAGAGUGCCCAUCUGCAAAUAUGGCGCUAGACGCGAGCAUGUAAAGCUUAAGAUUGUGUAUUGCUGUUACAUCAAGUUAUUCUUUUUAGUGCAUACCCAAAUAAAUAUUAUUCGUCACAUUUUAUUGCUGUUCUUCAAUAUAAAUAAACUUAUUAUGUACUUAAUUUUAUAGUGGUUUUAUGCACUUUUUAUUAAAGAUGAUUUGUGUAAAGCGUUUAUAUGUACUUAAAAUAAUAAUGAAAGUUGCAAGGGUAGUCUGAAAUUAUGUUGUGUUUUAAUUAUCUUAUGCAUGACAACAAUUAUUUUGAAUAAUAGGCAAAUUUGCUAGGUCUGGAAUCACGACUAGCUUGACUUAACUUACAAUCCAAGUAAAUGAGGUAGGUACCAAAGAUUUUUUAGACAUACAAAAUGACCUAUAUCGUCAUAUUAUUGUUUUGGUCGAUUUAUUUUUAUUGGAAAACAAUAUAAGUAUCUAAUAUGCUGGUUGUGAUUCUUAGACUAAAUUUUAAUUGUGUAAAUAAUAUUAUUAAUUUUGUUUAAGUUUAUACACUUGUGUAUUAA